CAGACGAAAGAAAGUAUAUCUUCUAUCUUCUUCUUCGUCUUCAUCUUGCAGAAGCAGAAUCAACGUUGACCUAGAGAAAGAGAAAGAGAGAUAUAACCAGUUUCCGUUUGAAAAGUCAUCAGCGGCAAUAAUAAUAAUAUAAUAUUAUUCAGAUCGCCAAUUACUAUCUUACCUUUCCUUUUGAGUUUCCAUGACUUGAAGGCCUAUCUCUCUGUUUCUUCGGCUGAUUCAAUACAAACCGUUCAUAUUUCUACUGGAUAAUUCUCUGUCUACUGUUUUGAUUCUAGCUUAUUCUUCACUAUAAAAUCAAAAUAAUCGCUAUGUAUCGAUUUUGUUCCAGCUUCACUUGCCGUUAGCUUGCGGCGGCACGUUCGAUGUCUGUUAACGUACUCUACACUUUCUCUGACAAUUUGAUUCUAAAAAACUUAAUUGUUGAUCGAUCGAUCGAUUUUGAGUUCGUGAAAGAGGAAGUCAACGUUUUCUUACUUUGUUCUUGGUUGCUGCCAUGGUCGAACACUGGACAUUAAGGAAUCCUGGUGUUUUCGUUCUGGAUGUGAUUCUGAUUUAUCUAUUUUAUAAUUCGGAAUUCUGUUGGUCUCUGAAUGAAGAAGGUGAGGCUUUGUUGAGGUUCAAAGAUAGGCUAGAUAGUGAUCCAUUAGGAUCUCUGACUGAAUGGAGAGACGAAGUUGGAGUUAUCAACCCUUGUCUGUGGGAUGGUGUGGAGUGUUCCAAUGGAUUUGUUGUAUCUUUGAAUUUGAAAGAUUUUGGUCUAGUUGGAACUCUUUCUCAUGAACUUGGAAAGCUUAUUCAUGUAAAGUCUAUUAUUUUGCGCAACAAUUCUCUUUAUGGAAGUGUUCCCGAUGAGAUUGUAAGGUUGGAGAAGUUAGAGGUAUUGGAUAUUGGGUAUAACUGUUUCAGAAAACCUCUACCAUCAACCUUGAGCAAUUAUCUAUCAAUACUAUUGGACAAUAAUGAGCUUAGAGAUGACAUAUUGCCUGAAAUUCCUUCUGAAGUUGAAGUGCUAAGGAAUCCUCAACAACGAGCAAGACACACUGGAAGGAAUAUCUUAUGGAAUGCUGCAGAAACAAAAGACUCGUCUCAUCACAGGAAGCUAUUACAAGAUCCUAUUGAUCCUAUUGAACCUAAACGGAACACAUCAUCACCAUCAGAUUCUCCAUCAGAAUCACCAUCAGGAUCACCAUCAGGAUCACCAUCAGGAUCACCAUCAGAAUCACCAUCGCCAUCUCCGUCACCAUUAACUCCCCCAAUAUCCUCACCACCACCUGCAUCCUCACCUUCACCAGAGACAGACAAGAAUAUAGUGCCUACUACGUUUAGCCGGAAUGCUAGAAACAGAAAUAGACAUAUUCUGAUACUGUCUGUAGUAAUUGGCAGUUCUCUGUUUCUUCUUCUUGGUUUAGGGGUUGCUGUUUUCUAUUAUCGAGCUUACAAAGUGAUCCGUGUCAAACCUCGGAGCACAACAUUAACCAAGCAGCUGCAAGAAACAAUUAUACCUGGUAUCCCAAAGCUUAGGAGAUCAGAGCUUGAGUCAGCUUGUGAAGACUUCAGCAAUGUUGUGGGUACAUCAUCAUUAGGAACAGUCUAUAAAGGAACAUUGUCUAGUGGAGUUGAAAUAGCUGUGAUAUCAGUUGUUGCUUUAUCCUCCAAGGACUGGUCGAGCCAUAACCAAGCUCAUUUCAGGAACAAGAUUGAUUCAUUGUCUGAAGUGAACCACAGAAAUUUUAUGAAUCUUGUUGGGUAUUGUGAAGAUGAAGAGCCUUUUACUAGAAUGUUGGUUUUUGAAUAUGCUCCGAAUGGUACACUUUUUGAGCAUUUACACAUAAAAGAAGCAGAGCACUUGGACUGGGGAAUGCGAAUGAGAAUCGCAGUGGGCAUUGCAUACUGCCUUGAACACAUGCACCAAUCAACACCUCCAAUAUACCACACAAAUCUAACAGCUUCAUCGAUCAAUCUAACUGAAGAUUACGCAGCAAAGAUAUCAGAUUUCGGGUUCUGGGAUCAUACGUCUGGACCAUUGAUGGUGAUGAUGGGAUCGAAUUCUGAAAGUAAUGUGUACAGUUUUGGUGUAUUAUUGUUUGAGAUGAUGACUGGUCGGUUACCUUACUCGGUUGGAAAAGGUUCAGCAGACUGGGCAUCGGACUAUUUGACGAUUAACGGGCCCCUUAUUGAAAUGAUGGAUCCCAUGCUUACAUCAUUCAAGGUAGAGCAGUUGGAAGAAAUUGUUGAUAUAAUUGGGCAUUGUGUUCAUCCUGAUCCUGGUCAAAGACCUUCAAUGAUAGAAGUUUGUUCGAGAUUAAGAGUGAUAACGGGUAUUGGACCGGAUGGAGCCGCCCCGAAAGUGUCUCCUCUUUGGUGGGCUGAGCUUGAAAUAAUGUCAACAGAAGCUGCCUAAAGAGGUAGGUACUUACUUUUAUUGUAAGUAUUUUCAUUGUGUUUUAUUAUUGAAUGUUACAUUACACACCUUUGUAAAUAACAAAGCAGAAUUUGGUCUCUUUUUGAAUUAUGUUGUUGCCUUUGAAUAAAAUUGUUAUUUUCAAGUCA